CGCGCACUGGAAGCGCUCGAACUCACCCUCGCAGCCGCUUUUAGAAAGCGCUAAACACGAACAUUUCCCCAAAAGGAGCCUCCACCUCGCAGGCGAGAAGACUUGACGCGUGUCCGUGGAGCGGCGCGGACCUAACCGAAGCGCAGCGGGGAUUUUACGCACGGCUUUUACGCACGGCUUUGGAGACGUAAAGAAAAGCAUGGCGCUGACGGGAGUGAUGCUGCCUUCCUUCUCCACCUUCAGCAACCCCACAUGGGAACACAGGUGGAAAGCCGAAAGUGACUGCUCCGUGCUAGAGACGAGUCCGUGUCCCAAAAAGGACGAGGAGGACCUGAGCAACUACUUGGACUUGGAUUUUAUUCUGGCCAACAGCACCGCCGCCUACGUGGCUCCGGCCGACCCGGGGGUGUACGCCGACGAGCCGGCCUUCUCCCCGCCGGCGCCCGGCGGCGGAGAGCACCGCUCCCCGCCGCCGCCGUACAGCGCCAGCCUCAUGACCGAGCUGAUGCGCUCCGAACCCGGCGGCUACGGCUCGACGCGCAGCGGCGCCCCCGCCGUGCAGGGCAGGUUUUACGUCAAUUUCCCGCGCCAGGACAUUAAGGUGGAGCCCUCCAUGGAGAGCUACGGCAUGGCGCCUCAAAGCUGCGCCAAGAUCAAGCAAGAGGGGAACGUUUCGUGCAUGAUGUCCUUCGAGCAGCCCCGGGCGGCCAUCUCACCCUUGACCCCGCCGCUCAGCCCGGACGAGCAGGCGGCGUCGGACAUGAGCUGCUACAAGUACCACCACCACCACCACCACCACCACCACCCGGCCUCCUCCUUCCACCACAUGCACAUGGCCUACCACGGCGGGCGCCACCCGGCGUUCGGCGUCUACGACGACGCCCUGGGCCAGCUGCAGCCGGGCGCCCAGCGGGUGAUGCUCACCCCUCCGUCCUCCCCGCUGGAGCUGCUGGAGUCCAAGCCCAAGCGGGGUCGACGCACCUGGCCGAGGAAGCGCACGGCCACGCACACCUGCACCUUCGCCGGCUGCGGGAAGACCUACACCAAAAGCUCCCACCUGAAGGCGCACCUGCGGACGCACACGGGUGAGAAACCAUACCACUGCAGCUGGGAAGGCUGCGGCUGGAAGUUCGCCCGCUCGGACGAGCUGACGCGUCACUUCCGGAAACAUACCGGACACCGGCCGUUCCAGUGUCACCUGUGCGAGCGCGCCUUCUCCAGGUCCGACCACCUCGCACUGCACAUGAAGAGACACAUGUGAAGGACGGGACUUGAAGGGCUUGGGUGCUUCUUUGUUGUGAUGUCAUUUUGUUUAUUUUUUUAAAAUUUUAUUUAAAGUGUUCUGUACAGUCUACAUGACUAAAGUCUUUUUCAUAUAUAUGAAUAUAAGGUAACACUUUAGUAUGGGGACUUUGUCCAGGGUGUACCCCCGCCUUCCGCCCGAUUGUAGCUGAGGUAUAGGCUCCGGCAACCCCCGCCGCCCCGAAAGGGACAAGCGGUAGAAAAUGGAUGGAUGGCACUUUAGUAUGGGGAGCACAUAUUCGCCAUUAAUUAGUUGCUCAUUAACAUGCAAAUUAAUAACAAUAUUGGCUCUUAAUUAGUCACUAUUAAGUACUUAUUAAUGCUUUAUUCUAUUAUACAAGCAGUAAGCCAUUAACUAAGAGUCUUCCCUCAAGAAUUAUUGCUUAUUAUUAACCCUAACCCUAACCCUUAUAUGUUCCCCUAGUGUCCAAAUAACUCUAAAUUAAAUCGUUGUUACUUUAAUUAACCUCUUAAGGCCCAAGCUGGGUUUUUUUUACAUGUUUUUAUUUAUUUCUCUUUGCUAUUUGGGCUUAUUGGACCCGAAUUAGAAUAAAAACUAAGAAUCAUCUUUUAAUAUGAUGUACUUAGUCCAUAAGUACACAAACGUGUACUUCAUGUUUAGUGACAUGCUAACUCCUAUUUUUACACUUUUUUCCCCCCUCCAAAUUCCAUUGUAUGUUAUACUCUUCUGACACCACCAGAUGGCAGUAUAAGUGUCCACAUAAGUGGCCAUAAGACCCCAAUUCACACACACAAUUUUGGAAUUUUUAAAAAUAGGUGCUGUCCACGCAUGUGGCCACUAAACCUUUAGAGGUUUUAAUAAGCAACAUACUCAGACCUGCUCAGUGGCUUAGUGGGUCGUGAGUUCGAACCCCGGCUGAGUCAUACCAAAGACUAUACAAAUGGGAGCCAUUACCUCCCUGCUUGGCACUCAGCAUCAAGGGUUGGAAUUGGGGGUUAAAUCACCAAAAAUUAUUCCUGGGCGCGGCUCACUGCUCCCCUCACCUCCCAGGGGGUGAUCAAGGGUGAUUGGUCAAAUGCAGAGAAUAAUUUCGCCACACCUCGUGUGUGUGUGUGUGUGACUAUCAGUGGUACUUUAACUUUAAUAUGAUGUACUUAGUCCAUAAGUACACAAACGUGUACUUCAUGUUUAGUGACAUGCUAACUCCUAUUUUUACACUUUUUUCCCCCCUCCAAAUUCCAUUGUAUGUUAUACUCUUCUGACACCACCAGAUGGCAGUAUAAGUGUCCACAUAAGUGGCCAUAAGACCCCAAUUCACACACACAAUUUUGGAAUUUUUUAAAAUAGGUGCUGUCCACGCAUGUGGCCACUAAGCCUUUAGAGGUUUUAAUAAGCAACGUACUCAGACCUACUCAGUGGUUAGAGUGUCCGCCCUGAGAUGGGUAGGUCGUGAGUUCGAACCCCGGCCGAGUCAUACUAAAGACUAAAAAAAAAACCUCCCUGCUUGGCACUCAGCAUCAAGGGUUGGAAUUGGGGGUUAAAUCACCAAAAAAAAUGAUUCCCGGACGCGGCCACCGCUGCUCCUCACUGCUCCCCUCACCUCCCAGGGGGUGAACAAGGGUGAUGGGUCAAAUGCAGAGGACAAACUUCACCACACCGAGUGCGUGUGAGACUAUCAUUGGUACUUUAACUUAAUUAAUGGUGAAUAUGUUCCCCAUACUAAAGUGUUACAGACUAUAAUGUUGUAUCCAAUAAUGUAGCUGGUACUACUUUGGGUGAGAAAAGAUGCUCUCCAGCCAAAAAAAAAAAAAAAAAAAAGGGGGCUGGUCCUGUACAGAAUAUACAGGUGCUUCAGUUCAAUUGCUGUGAAAGGUUCAUUUAUUUCCGUGGUUCCAUUCAAAAAGUAAAAAAAUGUAUUCCUUCAUCAUUUUAAUAUUCCUGUUAUUUAAAAAUGUCAAAAGGUUGAUGUUUACAAACUAACGAUUGACGCUGUAACCAGCAAACGAACUGCAAAAAUAUCCUGACGUCCGACUUUUCAUCUGAAUUGGAACUUCUGGAAUCCCCCCCCCCCCCCCCCGCAGCAUAUUGUACUUGAUUGCACCUGCACAUGUGAUGUACUCUCCUCCGCAUCGACGCAACUGGAAUGCUGUGUUUGACACAGAAGUGCCUUUCUAUGACUCUGCUACUGUUCACUUAAGGAGACAAUCUUGUUGACAGGAAGUGCUAAUAAGACAAUGUUUUUUUUUUCUUCCAAACCCAAAGAAAAACUGCCUCAAUGAAUGAACUGAAUGGCCUAAUUAUUAAUUAUUUGUGUUUGUGUGAUCCCAGCCCCUCUUUGUGUACACUAUCAGGGCUUGACGUCCUGUGCAUUAUUUUAUACGUAAAUUUAUAUAAAUAUGUACAAUGGAUUUUAUACAGUCGAAUGUGUAUUUAUUGUAAAUAUUAAAACCUGAACGCAAACAUCAA